CAUGUUUCGCCUCACGACGUUCGAGUCGGUGCUAGAGCUUUACCGUUUGGCGCAGGAGUAUCUUGCUGAAUGCCUUUCGGCUUUUGAAGUGGUGGAUGGCGAAUCUCUCUCAGUCACUCCACAGGAGGAGCUGCCUUUUACGCGAACAAGCAAGAGUGAUACGUUUCGCGCCGGCCAGGAUUUCACCAGUGCAUACUUCUGUGUUAUGGUAGAGACAAAUGGCAGUAAUGCCGAGCACGACAUGGAAAAACUCUCUCGUUUUGUGGAAGCCGCAGAGUAUAACCCUCGCUGUGUUUCAAAAGGUGACUUGGGAGAAUCAUUUGAACCCAUCCUCUCACAAUCGCUUGCACAGACGGCUCAGCUGUGGAAUCUGCGUGAGGACACCCCGGUACGGCUUGCUAGUGCCGGGACCAUCUACAAAUUUGACGUCAGCUUUCCGCUUGACAAGUUUUACGACAUUGUGCUGCACUUUCGCAAGAUAAUCUACAAGAAUGGGGGGUUUGACCCGGACGAGGUGUUGGUGGUUGGCUACGGUCACUUUGGGGAUGGCAAUAUUCACUUCAAUGUUGUGGAUCGAACACGAAAACACAGUGACGCACUUGACGCCGUGCUGUUCCCGGCUGUUUAUGAGUUCUGCGCGGCACACGCCGGAUCCAUCUCGGCAGAGCAUGGCGUCGGGGUGCAGAAGAAGGCGUAUCUCGGCCUUUCACGUAAACCGGAGGUCAUUGCGCUGAUGCGAACCCUGAAACGGACGAUGGAUCCAAAUGGAAUUCUUAAUCCAUACAAAGUCAUUGAUUGA